GUGACGUCACGGGGGAGGGGAGCAGGCGGUACGAUGCUGGCGGCGAGGCUGGCGGGGCGCGCGAGACCGCUCGUCAGCCGGGCGGGGCCGUGCGUCAUGGUGGCCGGCCUGGGCAACUAUGGGCUGCGGGGGACACGGCACAGCGUGGGCAUGGCAGUGCUGGACCGGCUGGCGCGGCAGCUGGCAGUGGCCGAGGGCUGGCGAGCGGACAGGAGGUGCUGUGCCGACGUGGCCCUGGCCACGGCCCACGGCCUGGAGCUGUUGCUGCUCAAGCCACGGAGGCUCAUGAACCUCAACGGGCUUAGCAUCGCCAGUGCUGCUGAGAUCUACAACCUCCGCCCAGAAGACAUUUACCUGGUUCAUGACGACCUGGACAAGGCCCUAGGCAAGGUGGCAAUCAAGCUAGGAGGCAGUGCAAGGGGACACAACGGGGUCCGAUCCUGCAUCAGUGCUCUGCACUCCAAUGAGAUGCCCCGGGUCAGGGUUGGCAUCGGGCGGCCAGAGGGUGAAGUGACAGUGUCCAGCUACGUCCUGGCUCCGUUCAGCACCGGGGAGCAGGAGAGGCUGGAGCAGGUCCUGGCCCAGGCAGUGGCCUGUCUGCUGGAGCAUGUUCUGCAGAGGAGAGCACCCAUGGGGGAGCCAGGUGACAGGGGCUGAUGCAAAUCCCUGGGGAUCCACAUGGCCGAUGGACAGAGCACUGCGGACGCUGCAGGGUGACGGUGGUGUGGAGCAGAGCUGGACCUGCGAGGCAGCCUGGCCACGUGCUGGGGCAGCCCCAGUCUGUCCCCACACAGGUAUGGGCAGCUUGCGUCCCACUCAAACCUCUGCAGUGGCUUUGUACAGCAGUUUGGCACAGAAAUUAAAUAAACCCUCUCCUCUGUGUCACCUGUCGAA